AUGCCUUACGCUGAUCUUUUUCGGUACAGGCCUUUGGCCCCCUGUGGAGUCCAUGGCCAAACCACCACCGAACUAGACACCUCGGUGCAAACUGAAACAGGAUUUAUGGGAUGGUAUUUGGGUCUGUCAACUAGUACGAAUGCCCUCUUUGACACGAUUUUUACCCUUUGGAUAGAUUCUACUGACAUCUCUUUCACGGCCAAGGCAGUGAUGGACACACAAACAUGGGCUACAUUGGGGAGCUAUGCAGGCGUUUGUGAUGGGACUUCAUGCCUAUAUGCAACAAACUGCGAUAAUAGCAUCAUCACAUAUGAUGAUGGUGCCACCGGGUCUUGCAACAACAACAACAACAACAACAACAACAACAACAACAACAACAACAACAACAACAACAACAACAACAACAACAACAACAACAACAACAACAACAACAACAACAGAGCCAACGUCCUCUCCAACCCUAUCCACUAUGACGUCACAAACCGGUCGAUCGACCACAACUACUACAACUUCAACAACCACAGAUUCGCAAGCCAGUCAAUCACCAAGACCUACCGUGGCCGCAAAAAAAAGGCUCUAGUAAAGCUUGGAUUGCGGGCGCUGUUAUUGGUCCUCUUGCAGGUGUCACCGUUGUUGCAGCCGUCAUAUUCUGGUGGAUCUAUCGCCGAGGGCAAGACCAACCCUCCUUGUCACAAGAGCAGUCGUUUAUCAGCCUGA